AUGCCUUCAGAUAUCCCCAGUAUCAUAUCAUUGACCGUUUCUAGAGUUCUCUUGAGCGCACCGCGCCGCUCGGCAUGUAUCCCAAACCCUGCAGGGACGCUCAUUGCGUAUACGCAGUCAACAUAUAGCUUCGAGUCACACUCAUCCCAUACCGAGCUUAUUGUUUUAGAUGUUGCUUCGAGGAAAACUAGAGUCCUCACCAAUUCCUACAGCGGCAGUCCACAAUGGCUUGACGAUAGUCAAUUGAUAUGGCUCAAGGAAGAAAGCAAUGGAAACACAACCUUUAUGGUCACCGAGGUCUCGGGGGACUCGAAGCCUUACGUUGCUGGAGUGACUCCCGGUACUGUGUCAAAUCUUAAGGUCACCCGGCUUUCAAAGGAUCAAUUCGCCUUUGCUGUUAGUGGCAAGGCAAAUCUGGACGGAACUCUCUACAAUCCAUCCAAUGUGAAAAAGCCAGUGAGCACCGGCAAGAUUUACACCUCUCUAUUUGUGAGGCACUGGGACGAGUAUACCCAGGGUGAGAAGCACACUAUUUGGGUGGGAACCCUGUACAAGUCCCCAUUUGCCGGUACUGGGUCGUCUCAAUAUACCAUCUCAGGCUUGAAGAACGUUUUCAGGCUUUUCAACCUUCCACAGCGUGUCGAAUCGCCAAUUUUGCCCUUUGGCGGGUCUGACCAUUUUGAUAUUUGCCCCAAAGGAGUUGUGUUCGUCAGCAAGGACCCGUCACUUAACGAUGCCCUUCACACGAAAUGUGUCUGCUACAUCUGCCCAAUGCCUCUCGCCGCUUGGACCGAGUCUAUCAGCCCUAUGGAAGCAAAGGUGGUAACAGCGGCUUCGCUCGAGGGAGCUUUAACCUCUCCUGUGAUCUCCCCGGUCAACAACACCCUAGCUUUCCUUGCCAUGCGAGAAGACGGAUAUGAAUCGGACAAGAACAGAAUCAUUGUCGCUAGAGGUGUGUUUGAUCAGCAAUCAGAGCCAAUCCAGCUAUUUGCCAACGAGGAUAACACGGGCGCAUGGGAUCGCAGCCCUAGCUCGUUGGCGUGGGCCUACGAUGAUUCUUCACUUAUAAUUAAGGCAGAAGACACUGGACGUGGCCUUGUAUUCCAAGUACCAGUGGGUGAUGAAAAAGCAUUAACCACAGCCAACUUACUCAACAUUUCCUCUACUGGAUCUGUUGUGGACGUAGCUUCCACCCCCAGAGGCCUUUUCCUCUCAAGCAGCAGUCUUGUGGAAAGUAGCUUAUAUUCCCUGGUGGAACCCAAACACCAAGGAGAAGCCAGAGAAAUUUCUUCAGCUACCCAAAAUGGCACCUCCUUUGGUCUCUCGCCCUCCCAGGUGGGUGAGACUUGGUGGAAAGGAGCCAACGACCACCCUGUGCAUGCCUGGGUGAUUAAACCCUCCAACUUUAAGCCAAACGAAAAGUAUCCUCUUGCCUUCCUUGUCCACGGUGGGCCACAGGGAGCAUGGAACGAUCAAUGGAGCACUAGAUGGAAUCCUCUUAUCUUCGCAGAGCAAGGCUACGUCGUUGUCACUCCAAACCCAACGGGAAGCACAGGAUAUGGCCAAGCAUUUACUGAUGCUAUCCAAGGGUCCUGGGGUGGCCUGCCUUACGAAGAUCUCGUCAAAUGCUUCGAACACAUUGAAAAGAACCUUACAUUCGUGGACACAGACCGUGCUGUUGCCCUUGGUGCCUCUUAUGGUGGAUUCAUGAUGAACUGGAUUCAGGGUCAUGAACUUGGAAGGAAAUUCAAAGCCCUAGUUACCCACGACGGCAUUUUCAGCACCAAGUUCUCCCUCGCGGCUGAAGAGCUAUACUUCCCUAUCCAUGAUCUUAACGGAAUAUAUUGGAAGAACCCCGAAAGCUGGCAGAAGUGGGAUCCAUCUGAGUUUAUCAAUGAAUGGAAGACACCUCACCUCGUCAUCCACAGCGAACGUGACUACCGUCUUACUAUUGCCGAAGGCCUUGCCCUUUUCAACAGUCUUCAAUUGCGCGGUGUGGAGAGCGCCCUCUUGACGUUCCCAGACGAGAACCAUUGGGUAAUCAAAGCUGAGAAUUCCCUGGUUUGGCACAGAGCAGUGAUCAACUGGAUCAAUAAAUAUGCAGGGCUUCCUCUAUGGCUUGACAAGGAUGGGAAUAACUGUUUCCCUGAAGACAUGACUCCACAGAAGUAG